AAAUCAAAGUCGUUGACCUCGUAUUUUCAUAAGGUAAAAUAUGUGAUUGCGUAAAAACUUCUUCGCAAGCCGUUACCUAAAACACCUAAACCUGUGCUGUGUUAAGAGUAUAGAAAACCGCACAAACAUGAUCAUAUGGAAUCUAAGCGAAGCAACAGUUGGGAGACUUUGACAUAUUUUGACAGAUCAGCACGUUUAUAGGUGUGAGUACAAAAAGCCACUGCUAGUUUCCACAUGAUGUCCUGAAAAUGAAUGAAGAAAAAGCCCACAGAAAGAUGCAUGAGCUUUUCAUGCAAGUACUAAAAAAUAGAGAUUUGUCCAGGGCUGGGGAUCUCUUUUCUGUGCCAGAUGCCAUAAUUGUUAAUGACCUAACAAAUGUUAUUAAAGAAAUAACUGCAGUUGCUUCACUCUCCGACUAUGUAAAUAAUGACAAUGACCAAAGUGUUGUGGAAAUAUGUAUUACCAGAGUAACAUCAUGCAUUCGAGAAACGGGAAGCAUAGAACAACACUGCGACGCUUUAGUAAACCUCUUAGAAUCAUGUCUACAUCACAACUUACAAGUCUCAAACAGAGACGAGGAUCCCCCGCACGCCAAGAUCUCAAGUGACAUCAUAUCAUGUAUAUUUUUGAAUUAUAGCAAAAAAUCUGUUAUGCAACGGGCCUUGCCAGUAGCAGUCAAGUUUCUUCACAAGGGUAAUAAAGAGCUGUUCAGAAAUAUGGCUUCUUAUUUAUCUUUAGCUGCAAUGGAACAUGCUAGUUUGCUCACACCACAUGUGCAACCAAUCAUGGAUUCUAUUAUAUCUGGUAAUUAUCCACUGUGUAGAGUGUUGCCCAAUAUCUAUGAAGUUUCUCCAGAACCUUUCCAAGGUCAUGCAAUGGCUUUGGUCUCGCUACUACCACAUUGUGACAACCAGGAGAAACUGGCUUUGUUGAAUCUGUUUUCACUUAUGGCUAAAGAUAAACCAUCUUUAUUAGAGGCCAGCGUACCUCAGCUUUGCGAAUAUUUAUCCAGCGCGGUGACUGCUGCAGCAACAUUGCAAAUCUUCGUGCACAUGGCAGAGAAACAACCAGUUUUAUUGGCCGACCAUGUGACCGCGAUUAAGCAAGUUGCGCAGCGUCAUCCGCAGACGAUGUGCCUUGCUGCGCAGAUUAUCGGUGCAAUUGGAAAAUUGAGCAAGGACAAAGCACAAGACGCUUUAAAUUUCGUUUUGGAAUACUUGCCUAAAGCCGAUCGAGGGUCUCAGAGCACUUUGUUGAGAGAAGCCACGCUGUUGUGCAGUUCUUAUCCGGUGUUGUUUACUGAUAAAGUAUUGGCUGGGGUUCGACAACGACACCACACAAGUUCCAACCAUUUGGCCCAAAACAACCAAGUUACUUCUGGUGGAGUGACUAUUGUGAAAGUAGGGGGAACUGUGGCGGAAAAACCGACGCCACAAGUUACUUCGGGGGGUUACACUAGAAGAGCGAAGUUGGGCGAUUCUAGAAGCACUGGAAGGUUACACACUGCUCAAAACUCAAACACUCACAGAAGUAUGACGAGGCUUAAUGUGGCCGGUGGCUCCGUCGGCGGGUUACAUAAAAGCAUGACAAAAUUAAGCACAUCAAGGGAGAUGAAUACCCCAUCAAAUUCCUACGCUUUACCUACAUCUCCAAUAACCGUUAGCAAUGCAAGCAAAUGGUCGUCGAGCAGCACAAACGCUACCGGCACUAACAUUAAAGUGUCGAGUGGAGGAGUUACUGUUACCACCAUAUCGCCCCCUAGGAUUCAAAGACCAUUAAGCCAAGGACCUCUUAGUUUAUUGAAUAACCAUAUUGGACUUUCAACAGUUCCAAUAUCCACUCCAUUGCACGUGAACAGCAAUAGUAAUUCUGUAACGGUUAGCUCGGGUUAUACGGGACUGUCCAGUACUAAUCAGAUUAAUAUUUUGACUUCCGGUGCUGCCAGUUCUACCACCCAAAAUAUUUCAGUGAUUCCAAGCAGUCCUCCGCCCGAAAUGUUGAAUGCCGCCCAUAGCAUCGUGAAUUGCGCUCCGACAUCUGGAAGUGGCAAUGUGAACGUUAGUGGUCCAACCACAGUGAUAUCAAGAAGAAACACCAAUAAUAACACGAGCGUCACUCUAAUAAACCAAAACUCGAUAGCCAACCAGAGGAUGAGCGUUUUCGAGCCUUAUCCAAUGAGAGACACCAUUCAACAUUUUUGCGAAAAACAUCUGGACAAAAUCAAACUUUAUAUGGAGAAAGUCUCGCUCAGGAUACCAUCACCGGCAAAAUGUACCAUAGAAGAAAAAAGACAGAAGAAAUCUGCAAAGUUGCAUUUUGCCUGCCAGGCCAGAGGUCAGCACUGUUUAUACUCCAAAACCUAUUUCACUAUGAGAACUCGGAAUCCCAGAAUAUGGAUACAUUUGAUGUUUAUAUCCUUACAGGCAAGACACUCCCAUGCUUUAAGUUCCAGAGAUGCCCAAGUGGCAAGUUUGAAGCAUUGUUGGGACAUACUGAAAGCAGAAAACAAAACAUUUCUAACCCUCGUCACGAGCGCAUUUCCUUGCUCCAAAGACCAAGAGGCGCUCCUAAGCGAACUGAGACAUGCGGGUUACUUCGAUGUGUUCCAGGUAUGUCCUUCCAGCAUAGGAGGCUCCGCUGACCCUUUAGAGGGCAGCGUAAGUUCCAUCGGCGGAAUCAAAUGGGGCUGUUUCUUAUGCGCCCAUCCAGAAAAAGCGAUGGGAUUUUUACGGGGCGACACCCAACCGGUCAUAGAAGGGCAACUAAAAGAGAAAAAAGGUAAAUGGCGACUGUUUCGACGUUGGCGUACACGCUACUUCACCUUAUCCGGCGCCCAUUUAUCUUGUAAAGGAUCAAGCGGUGGUGAGUCGAUCGAUGUGCACCAAAUCAGAUCGGUGCGCGUGUCCAGGGGAUCCAGAAAUAUUCCCAAAGCUUUUGAGAUAUUUACAGAAAAUCAAACGUUGAUCCUGAAACCCAGUGAUGGUAAAAACGCGGAGGAGUGGGUCCAGUGUCUUAGUAUUGUGGUGGCGCAUUCAAGGGAAUCGGGAAGCCAGGGGGGCAAAGAUAAUUCUAGGGGAAAGAGCAAUAGUUUACCUGCUAGGGGAUUGGGGGGCAGCAGAAAUCAUAUUUUACAUUAAGAGCGUUAUACCCUUUUUAAAACAAUUUAAUCUUCAAUAUCAAUGCAUUUUAUGUACUUAACAUAGAUUGUAUAUCGUUCUAGUGUAAUUCACAAAGUGCGCAACUCUUUUUAGCGAGUUAACAAUCGGACUUAAAUAAUUAUAACUAUCAUGGGUUCAAAGUUAUGUUCUUUGAUAUUUUUAGUUACGACUAUUAAGUCAGAUUAAAGAAUAAUAUUUUUAAUGUUGCUCAAACAAGUUUUGUCUUUAAAUAUUAUGGAUAUUCGCUUUUUUUUCUUAAAACUUUAUUUUAAUUAAGAGAAAAAAUGCAAAAUGCGAGAAUCAAAAUUGAAACUUUUGCAACCUGUAUAACGAAAACCCUUUAUGCAUAUCUUUAAUUUUUUUUUAUAUUUUGACGAUUAUUCAAUGCAAUACAAUAACUCUUUAUUAAAAAUUUUUAAAUUUACAAAUAGGGGAACUAUGGACAAAAUGACAUACAGUUUUCAUAUUGCUCCAUAAAACUUUAAUUUAAACAGUGAAGAAGGUCAAAACAUGUAACAAAUAUCUUUGACACAUCAACUUUUCAUGUAACAAAAUAUUUUGCAAAUAAUUGUAAAGGUAUAAAAAGUUAAAAGCUAAACACUAAAAUGUAACAGAAAACCAUUUUGGCCAUACUAAAUGGACAAAAUGACAUAUGUUCUAUGGAUAAAACGACAUACAUCAAAACUACUUUGAAUCAGGAACACAUAGUUCGCCAAUAAACAUUUUUGUCUUUUGAGGCACGUCGGCGCAAAUAGCAUGAGUCCACUGUGAACAUCGUAACCAGUUCUCACCAGGUUUCGAACGCGAAUACAGGUCGUUGCAAUAUAUACAAGGGCAAUCGUUUUUGUCAAUUUGCGUAUCACUUGUGAAUGGAUCUUCAUCAUCUUUGUCAUUCUCAUUGUAAUCAAAUACAGUUCUUGUAACCCUUCUCUUUUUUGCUUCGGAGACGACUUUAGUGUCAUUUUUGGCUUUUACCUCCACCAUAUUUGGCGUAGAAGUAAGGACUAAAUGAGUUUGUUGCUUCUUUGGUCUUCUCUUUACCUCUGACUAGAUUUCCUUGCGGUAUAGGUGAUAAAACUUCGAGCGGAACGAGCAAAGCAUCUUUAGAGGGUCCAGGCUUCUCUUUAUCACGGAUUAUUUCAUCUGGUAGGAUAGAAGCAGUUUCAUUAUUAUCAGAUCUUGAGCUUGCUGAUAUCUCUAUGGACAUAGGUUCAGGAGUCAUUAUUGGAACAUUUGUUGUCUUUAGCAUAUGUCAGUGAUUCUAAUCCUUUGUUACUAGCAUGACCAUCGAGGAUGAGGAGAACCUUUUCACUAAGAUUAGCCUUUGCAUAGGUUUGAAAGUGUUUAAGCCAUUUGAAAAAUAAAUCUGUGGUCAUCCAGCCCAAUUCCUGUUCAAUUCCAAGAGUGCCAGUUGGAGCUCCAUCCAAAAGCUCAUUUUUAAAAUUUUUCCUCGGGAAUAUUAAUCAUGGUGGAAUAUAAGAGCCUGUUGCAUUCAUGCAACAAACAACACUAACAUGAGAUCCACGCUCAGCACUUGUUAAGCAUCCGACUUGCUUCCGACCAGCUGUUGCUAAAAUUUUCUGUGGUCUCUGAACCGUGGACAGACCCGAUUCAUCCUUAGAACAUUGAAAGGCUAGAAGUAGCAUGCCGUGAAACUAUGGGCAGGUUUGUUUGCUUGCAACAUCUCUGAUGCAAUGAUGCCAAAUGCUUAUAGAGAAAUGGCAAAAAUCACUUUAUAAUAUCAUAAAAAUGUUCAGUUUCCGAAGGCUCAAAACAAUACUAUUGCUCUCCUUUAAUAAAAUAUCAAGCAUUUUUUUUUAAAUAAAUUUGAUAAGAUACUCUAUAUCGAAGUCAAUAUACGUUAAAUAAAUGAAAAUAAAGUACGAAGAAACGAGAAAACGGUAAUGGCAUCGCAACGCCGCUCGAUCCCAUUAUUUAUGCCACCGAUACAAGCACUCUCUACCAGUGACGUCGUCAACAAAUAUUUACCUGUUAAAUUUUUAUUAAUUAUUAUAGAGUUUGAGUAUAAGUAAUAUUACCAUUUAUGAGCUAUUUAUGUAUUUUUUUAACGGACUUCGUUAGAGGAAGGUCUUAAUAAAAGGCAGCAUUUUUGUCAAAGCAUUUUUAUGGAAAUUAAAUGUUUAAUUAAUAUAAUAUUAUAGAUUUCUUAAUAAAUCAUGUUUUAAGACAUACAUUUUUAACAUUUUGCAAAAUUUCAUUGUUAUUGUUAUAUUGAACAAAACUCAGUUUUACAUCACUUACUUUAUAUCACAUAAUAUAUACUUCUAUGGUGCUGACUUUUUCAAAGGGACAGUAUUGCUUCAGCGGAAAGAGUUAAAACUAAAAGGAUGUUUAAAU